GACCAUGACGUCAUCAGCGAAUAUCAAUAUACACCGAUGGUCAAAUAUUUCUUUCAUAUGGUCAUUGUAAUGAUCGCGAUCCUUCUAGAGAGGGAGAUGUGUUAAGUUAGGGACAUAUUUUAACCUGGAUUUACAUAUGGACGGAAUCUAUACCGCCAAUCUAUGUUUAUCAAGACCAUGGGAACGUUUUGUGUCCAAGAAAAAGCAUACGGUCGCAACGCCAACAGGAAUUACAUGGGAAAUUUCGUUUAAAUAGGUGAAAGUGUGGUGUUAUUAGACUCACUACGUACAUGACGCGUGGGCCAUGAAUCUAAAAUUUAAUUGUGAAUCAUAUCCUGAUUAAGACGCUGUCGUAUAGGACCCACGAGAGGAUGCUCUAACUCAUGAUCGCUCUCUUCCGUUUCUCGUAUAUUUCAUGUGACCCUACACUGGCUGGAGUGGACCGAACUGGAUUAAUUGAAGAUAACAACUUCGUUCAACAACACUGUAUUUAAUUUAAAAUCAGGAAAAAUGUGGAUGAAAUUCCUGCUUUUCAACAUCUUCCUGUCAUACGCAGUUAACUCUGUGUACGGUCACGGUCGGCUUAUCGAUCCGCCAUCUCGUUCCACUAUGUGGAGGUACGGCUUCAACAAUCCGCCAAACUACAACGACAACCAGCUCUACUGCGGAGGAGUUCAGGUUCAAUACGAACAAAAUGGCGGGAAAUGUGGGUUAUGUGGCGACAUUUGGACAGGUACACACGAAAACGAGGCAGGCGGGAAAUAUGCCAAUGGCAUAAUAGUACGCACGUUCCAGCCAGGUCAGGUGAUGACAGUCGUUGUAGAGUUGACGGCCAAUCACAAGGGAUACUUCGAGUUUAAACUUUGUGCUAACGACGACCCGCGGAGGAAGGUCACACAGGACUGUCUUGACCAAUACGUACUUCAGGUGGUUAACCCUGACAUCCGGGGAACUAGAUACCCCGUACCCGACAAAAAUGGCUACCAGAAACUUGAGUUGCAGGUUCGACUGCCAAGUGGUGUACGGUGUCGGGACUGUUUGUUUCAGUGGAAAUACAACGCCGGGAAUAGCUGGGGAAGAGACGCAAAAACCGGGGAACAAUGUCUUGGGUGUGGAAACCAAGAACAGUUUUAUGGAUGCGCCGAUAUUGCAAUCGGCCACUCCGACAUACAAGAAGGCCUAUCUCUCAUCACAGGCAAAAUCAUGAAGAAAUCAAACUCUAUGACCGUUCCUCCCCCUCCACCAGAUGGCCUUACUUUUGGAGACCCUUGGGCAACACGUAUUGAUCAACAAGACGGACCUCUUGUGACUCAAUCCUUUGUUCGAGCAACAGAGGAGGGUGUUAUUGUGUACAAAGAUUUCGAGGAUUUUCGAAGGAGAUUUCAAAACAGUAGGAUCCAGCCAUGCGUGUGUCACUCGUGUGUCGGGAUCUACAUGUGUAUGCGAGUGUUUCUCCAGCGGAUGCACUUCUCAGAUCACCACGUGGUAUCAUCGUUUAUUCAUGAUGCUGGUAGCCAUGGCCACGUUCUUAGUGACGUAUUAUGUAAACAAGAAUUGAUGAUGACUGAAUAUCAUUACAAGUUAUGAUAAUGAAACAGAAUGUGCCAAAUCAUAAAAUCCAAGCAACCAGAUAUGAUAGAAUGAAAUCUGAUAAUGUUGGAUUGUAAAAUAGACACGUAACAAAACGUGUUUGAGAACGGUGCUGAAUUGAUGUAUUGAAUGACUGAGAAUGUUUCUUUGCCUUUUCCAACAUCCAAUUCCUUGGAAUGCACAUGACUUUGGGAAAAUGUAUUAAACACUCAUUCGUGUAGAACGUCAGUCACCCAUAUUGAACCACAUUUGAAUUCAAAUUUAAUAAGAGUUUUAAUCCAUUCUGAUAUUUCGCUAGGAGCAGUAAUUAAGAUAGUUAAUUAGCCUGGCGAAAGAGUCAUAAUUGCUCAUAAAGCGAAGAAAUUUGGCAGCAGAUUACUUGAUAAUAUAGUCAAUGGUACGAAUUUCUUCGCAACUAGUGUUCUGCAAAUCUGUCUCAGCAUCAAGUACCAUUGCAGUUAUUAUUUGUACCUAAAAUAAUCAUUUUUGUAAAAAGUGUUUUACCCGUAUACAAUAGGUUCGUUAAAGGAUCUUCCGUAAUUAUGCUAACAUGCAGAAAUUAUUUCAACCAUUCUUAUCAAGUUCUUGAACCAUUAUCAAGAACUUUCAAAUACGGUUGACAACGCAACGUCCCCAAUAGUAAAUUUCGUAUCCAGCCGUGCCGUCAUUGCCUAGUUACUAUGACACUGGAAUCACAACUUGGAAGUGAGGUUCAUGUGAUAAAAAUGACGUUGGUAAAAUCUAUACCGCGAUCGACCACUGACAUCAAUGUAAUUUACGUUCGAGAGAUAUGCCAUCCUUAAAUAUCUAGAAUGAAAAUAUCUUUAUUUAGUUCAGUUCAUGCCGAAUUCUUGCUUCGUUGGGGACACUAGUAUGACUUGGACACUAGCAUGAUGAGGACACUAGUAUGAUGGGGACACUAGCAUGACUUGGACACUAGUAUGACUUGGACACUAGCAUGAUGAGGACACUAGUAUGACUUGGACACUAGCAUGACUUGGACACUAGCAUGACUUGGACACUAGCAUGAUGAGGACACUAGCAUGACUUGGACACUAGCAUGAUGAGGACACUAGCAUGAUGAGGACACUAGUAUGACUUGGACACUAGCAUGACUUGGACACUAGCAUGACUUGGACACUAGCAUGAUGAGGACACUAGUAUGACUUGGACACUAGCAUGACUUGGACACUAGCAUGACUUGGACACUAGCAUGAUGAGGACACUAGUAUGACUUGGACACUAGCAUGAUGAGGACACUAGUAUGAUGAGGACACUAGUAUGAUGAGGACACUAGCAUGACUUGGACACUAGUAUGACUUGGACACUAGCAUGAUGAGGACACUAGUAUGAUGAGGACACUAGCAUGACUUGGACACUAGUAUGACUUGGACACUAGCAUGAUGAGGACACUAGUAUGAUGAGGACACUAGUAUGAUGAGGACACUUAGCAUGAUGAGGACACUAGUAUGACUUGGACACUAGCAUGAUGAGGACACUAGUAUGAUGAGGACACUAGCAUGACUUGGACACUAGCAUGAUGAGGACACUAGCAUGACUUGGACACUAGCAUGAUGAGGACACUAGUAUGAUGAGGACACUAGCAUGACUUGGACACUAGCAUGAUGAGGACACUAGUAUGAUGAGGACACUAGUAAUUGUAUGAUGAAAUAUGCGCAAUAAACUCGUAUAUCGAUUCGUUGCCACAUUCUCACUUAUUUCUUUGCUGGGAGUAUCGCCAAGUUAAGGUCAUUUUAGGGUGGUCUUCUCUUGUAGAAGCUGGUGGUCACCUCACUGAUCAACAUAUGGUGACCGCGCUAUCCAGAGCAAACUAGUGUGACAUUAUUGUCUCAUAUAACAACAUUGUCUCAGUUUCCUGGGAAAUGCAAACCGGCUCCGGGUAGGGAUAAAAUACUCACCUUGGAGAUAUUAGCCUGAUUCUCUACCAACUUCAAAGUGUAUGUGAUGAUACUAUUUACACUGAUUUAUAUACAAACUUUAUUGCUAGAUUAUCUGCGUUUUCAACAAUAUCCCUUGUAGUAUUUUCAUGUUAACCAUAUUUGUAUUAAGAGACCACUUCAUAUAGUGAAGAUGGGCUCGGAAUGCAGGUUUGGCUGUAUUGUUUGUUGCUAUGGGUUGGGUCGCUAGCUCUGAUUAGAUUGUGUGUGUUUUUUUUUUUUUUUUUUGUUUGUUUUUGUUGUUGUUUUUUUUGCGUUUAGCGAUAUAAUAAGUUCUUCCCCAUAUACUUGUAUCCUUGCAUGACGCGAUCAUCCAUUGUCCGUUGAUGCAAUCAAGUCGAUUGUAGUGAAAGUUUUAUUAGGUACAAUAGUAAUAUAUUACUUCUUUGGUGUGCUUAUAAUUGAGAUUGUUUAUGAAAGAUAAUUAUAUUAAGAUUGAAUUCCCUGUUGGUUAUAUUGGUACAUGUACGUGUCGGGCUGAUGGUUUACAGUCAACGGAAAAUUAUUAGAAAUAUAUAAGUGACGCGUGUUUCUGCAAACAUCUGUGACAGGGAACGGCACGGCACAAUACAGGACUUGGUCGUCAGUCGAAAACAUCUGCACGAAAGAACGUGCAGAACCCUGUUAAUGGGUAACACUCAUAAAUAACAAAAGGCAAAACAAAGAAUUGUUUGUAACCAGACGCUGUUACAAUUGUUACAGCAUUUAUAUAUAUAAAAAAAUGAAACAAAAGAAAAUGUAUCAUUUUCCAGAGAAACGCGUCUUAUUACAAAUGAUUGUGUCCAUAAUAUACUUCACCCAAGUGGGCUUGAAUAAGAAUCAAUAAUGCUAUAAAAAUCCAAAUCGUCAUAAUGCUGACAAAGAUUUUUAAAAUAAAUUCAAUUCUUGCUUCGUUGGGGACACUAGUAUGACCUGGACACUAGCAUCACUUGGACACUAACAUGAUGAGGACAUUAUCAUGAUUUGGACACUAGUAUGACUUGGACACUAGCAUGACUUGGACACUAGUAUGACCUGGACACUAGCAUGACUUGGACACUAGCAUGAUGAGGACAUUAGCAUGAUUUGGACACUAGUAUGACUUGGACACUAGUAUGACUUGAACACUAGCAUGACUUGGACACUAGCAUGACUUGGACACUAGCAUGACUUGGACACUAGCAUGAUGAGGACACUAGUAUGAUGGGGACACUAGUAUGACUUGGACACUAGCAUGACUUGGACACUAGCAUGAUGAGGACACUAGCAUGAUGAGGACACUAGUAAUUGUAUGAUGAAAUAUGCGCAAUAAACUCGUUUAUCGAUUCGUUGCCACAUUCUCACUUAUUUCUUUGCUGGGAGUAUCGCCAAGUUAAGGUCAUUUUAGGGUGGUCUUCUCUUGUAGAAGCUGGUGGUCACCUCACUGAUCAACAUAUGGUGACCGCGCUAUCCAGAGCAAACUAGUGUGACAUUAUUGUCUCAUAUAACAACAUUGUCUCAGUUUCCUGGGAAAUGCAAACCGGCUCCGGGUAGGGAUAAAAUACUCACCUUGGGGAUAUUAGCCUGAUUCUCUACCAACUUCAAAGUCAGUGUAUGUGAUGAUACUAUUUACACUGAUUUAUAUACAAACUUUAUUGCUAGAUUAUCUGCGUUUUCAACAAUAUCCCUUGUAGUAUUUUCAUGUUAACCAUAUUUGUAUUAAGAGACCACUUCAUAUAGUGAAGAUGGGCUCGGAAUGCAGGUUUGGCUGUAUUGUUUGUUGCUAUGGGUUGGGUCGCUAGCUCUGAUUAGAUUGUGUGUUUGUUUUUUGUUUUUUGUUUGUUUGUUGUUGUUUUUUUUGCGUUUAGCGAUAUAAUAAGUUCUUCCCCAUAUACUUGUGUCCUUGCAUGACGCGAUCAUCCAUUGUCCGUUGAUGCAAUCAAGUCGAUUGUAGUGAAAGUUUUAUUAGGUACAAUAGUAAUAUAUUACUUCUUUGGUGUGCUUAUAAUUGAGAUUGUUUAUGAAAGAUAAUUAUAUUAAGAUUGAAUUCCCUGUUGGUUAUAUUGGUACAUGUACGUGUCGGGCUGAUGGUUUGCAGUCAACGGAAAAUUAUUAGAAAUAUAUAAGUGACGCGUGUUUCUGUCAAGUUACUAUUUUAUGCAUAGAUGUAUGUAAAUCUAAAACAAUGUCUAUUUCCUGGCAUGAUAUACUUUGUCAAGGUACGUCAGAACGAGAACAUUUUGCACAUGGUAUCAUCCUGUCUGUGAUAAAAUAAAUGUGUAUGCUA